UGUACGUAAAUGCGGUACGUAUGUAUCACAUACCAUAUGUACCAUACAUGAAUAAUUUUCUAUUACAUACUACGGUACCAACAUGUACCAAUGCUGCCUGUAAGCGACACGUGGUUCAUUGUAUUGUACUAUAUUAUAACUGAACCACUUAGUCGAAUAGCAAGGAAGAUGAAAGGAGUCGGCAGAAAUCCUUUCCGUAUACUAGGAGUGUCUCCUUCUGCUUCAUUAGAAACAAUAAAGAAAGCAUUCACUAAAUUAGCUCUCCAACACCAUCCUGACACCGCAAAUACUCGUUCUUACAAGGAGUUCAUAAUUGUGCGAAAUGCAUACGAAACAAUUCGCGAUAGCAUAAAUACGGGGGAUUCGAGGGAGGGAAUGAGCAACGUGCGAAGAGAAAAUAAUUGGAAUAGUCAAACGCAAGAGAAGUUUUCAGAAGAAGAAUUCCUUGAGCAUUUAUAUCGACAAACGGGGACGAAAAUUUCAUCUGCGCAAAGGCGAGAGUUGAUCAAACUCGAUCUGAGCAGGAUGCCAGGAGCGACGUAUCAUGGUCCUGGAUGGGACUUUGCACGACGAGUAGCCAUCGAGCAGGAUCUGUUUAUGAAACGGGGGUACGAGUCACAGUUUUCACAAGGGGGAAGCUGGGAAAAGAGAAGCGGUUCAAAGUUUUCAUCGGAGCACAAGACUGACAGCAACCAAAGCCACAAAAAGACCGAUACGAGACACGACAACCUGCGUAGAAGGCGCCGGCGGUGAUUCUGAAUCACCAAUUUCCGCUACAAAGGAAUGCACAAGAAAUCCCAUUGUUUUGAUGAGUUGCAAAGUCUUAUUUCAUUGUCUCUCAGUAAAAACAAAACCGACGAAUCUUUCCAACUCGAAUCUUGGUGGAGUGGUUUUCAAUUUCUCAAUCGAAGCAUAGGAGAAGAGUAAAUAUGAAGUUAAAGAGAACGGAAAGCUACAACGGACAUUAAAUUUGAAGCAAGAUCAAUUCAUGAAUUCUAUUUUCAAGCGUGUGUGUUUGGCAAGCAAUCGCACUACGGAGUCCGGCUCACGCACUUGAUAUUUAUUGCGUUGAUUUCAAGACCUACUAUAUGCCAGAUAAUCUUUUUCUUUCUCCAUAUGAUCCAAAAGUGUGGUCGGUUGGACAACUGGAAACUUUAGAUUUCAACCAUCGACAUUGUAGCCCUUUGUCAAAAUAUUGCUUUUUGUGAAUUUUCUUCUUUAAACCUCAUCGUCAAAACCGGGAACUCGAUCUGAGUUGAAAAAAAUUGGAGUCCAUUUGGCAUCCUUCAUUAGAGUACUAUCGGUAUUUGGAAGGCCAAGAACCUUAGCCACCCUUUCCACUCGUCUUCGUUGAUCAAGAUUCCCAUUGAUGCAAUUUUUUUGGAGACAAAACGGUGGAGGCGGCAGUGUGACUUCCGCCUCGCAUCGCAGGGACACAAUGGACGAUGAGUCGUCGGAGAACAGCAACUCAAUGUCAUCUAUGGAACCGGGCGAUGUUCCCGGCGUGGUUAGAUGAAUAUAGCGAUGCUUUGGGUCAAUAUUUGCAAUUGAGAAGAAUUGCUGUUGUUUUUGGUCGGCAGACAAAUCCCGAACUGCCUGUCGAAAUGCAAUAUCACUGCUUUUCACAAGGGACAAUGGCGACACGUAUCGAUUCGGAGGCUCUCCAUAGUUUGAACUGACGCAAUUCUUAUCGCUAGGGCAGGGUCGGAGCACGUUGUCGGAGGCAUCGUAGCCCGUCUGAGCUUCGGCUGGAGGGUUCGAAAGAAGACACGACCCGGUGUAAAAGCAUACGGCAACACGGGCGAUGGCACUGACUCCAGAGGAAAUUCGAGAAACCAGUAGGACCAUUCUUCGGUUGUUCUCUCCACUGACUACGAGACCGGUUCCACACCGUUCUGUUCUCGAGGUGUGUUUGUGCGAUUCCAGGAAUGAGGAGACGGGUACGGUAGCACGAGACGAAUUCUUAAGAAAAAUUAGCUCGUUCU